AGGAAGAAGUACUUAAGUGCUUAGGUUUCUAUCGAGAAGUUAGCGUAUCUAGCACGUUGAUCAUCAUCUUCAUGUACAUAAAGCGGCCUUAUCUAGGUGUCACGUGGUCCCUAGAUCCUUGACUGAGUCGAAGCGGUACCAUGUAUUCUUUGCGGUGUUUAUUUCUGCAGAAUAUCAUCUUUAGUAUGUGUGAUGAAACUGUAUUGCAGAUACAACUGCGGACGAUUGGAUUCUGCUACCAAUCACUCUGCAGAGACGUUGUGGUGUUUUAGUUCGCGAUGGUAAAACAUGAUAGUACUACUUUGAAACCUGCUACCUUGAGCCUUGUCUUCGCUCUGAUCCUGUGAAAGGCCAAAAAUGACAAAUGCUACGGCGGACCUGACCUUGUACGACAUUCUGGAGGUGCACCAUGAUGCAGACACGAAAACCAUCACGCAACAGCACCGAAAGCAGGCUCUCCGGUGGCACCCGGACAAGCACCGAAAAGAAGACCGAACCACAGCCCAAAAACGCUUUCUCCGCAUCCAGGAGGCCUAUGAGGUAAGUACAUAAGUACAUGUCGCAAGAAAAAACUUGCGUCUCUAGCGACGUGAUGUACGAUUUCCAAGCUAAGUCUGAGUACUGUACUUUUUCUGUUGAUGAAGGGAAUGCAUGCGCAGUUGGACGAUGAGGGAAGAUGCAAUUUCAUUAUCAGGUGCUGACAAGCGACCGCCUGCGGCACCUGUAUGAUUCUUUUCUGGAUGCGCGCUGGAGUGGCGAGGUCCCCGCCGAAAUGACCUGGGGUGAAUUCCGGGAGCGGACCGAAGGCAGCACGGAUUUGGCCACCGGCGAGUCGGUCGCGGAGCAGCUGGUGCGCACUAAAAAGGAGCGGGACGAGCGCACCGCGGCGCCCUCGCUGGACGACUUGCGCCUGCUCGGCUACGCGACGGGUGGGUUUCUGCUGGGCAGCUAUUUGGUGUACAAACUCUUCCUGGAAGAGGCGUACUGGCUCGCAUCCGCCAACUUCUGGCAGAGCCUGGAGUGGGCCGAGGUGACGCUGCCCUUGUCCUUCGACCUGGGUAACAUGAUGGCUAUGCGGCGCAUCUCGGCGCAGUUGUCAGCCUUGGUGAAGUACUCCUCCACGCUCGGGGGCAACGCGGACGCGACCAACGUUCUGUUCGGGAACCUGGUGCCGCAGGACAUGAUCGGUCGCCUGCACGAAACCGCCACGGCUCUGCACCAGCGGUCGUCGAGAAUAAACGCAAACGCGGCUUCCGCAGCGCCGUUGGUGUUCGCCGCGACAACCGCAGACACAACAGCCAGCGACGGCAGUUACAACAGCAUUCUCGCGCAGGCCGGCUCCACCCCGGCGCUCACCGUGGAUCUGCUGGCCCUCGGCAAGAAACUGUACUUGCCCUACCUGGGGCCUUUUCAGUCCUGGCUCCGGACUCAGGUCACUUUCGCCAAUCGCGUCCUGGUCAAGAAUUUCAGCACGCUUGAAGGCUAUCUCUGGAUGGACUAG